AUGUUAUAGUUAUAGAAUGAAAAUUCAUCUGAAUAUUCUUCAAAAUAUAUGAAUUAAGAGAAUUAACUUAUUUUCAUAAAAUUUUAUCUGAAGUACAGGCAAAUUUACUCUAUAAGGCAUUUGAAACUUAUGAAAGAUGAAAUUAAAAUUAUAAAUAUUAUGAUAAAAAGAUAUUGUAAUACAUAUUGUUUAUGAAUUAAGUUAAGGAGAUUGUGUUAUUGAAAAUGUACAUUAUUUGAUGUUAGAUGAACUUAAAGAUGUACCAAAAACUGUUUCAAUCAUAUUAGAUUAAAUGGCAGAAUUUGGACUAUUGUUUUGCGGAGAUAAAGUAUAAAAUAUUGAAAAAGGAAUAGGAUUUACAUUUUUUUGA